CCCCGUUAUCAGGGGGGGGGGGAACCAACUCUGGUUGUAGUAGUCGCGCUCAGCAGCCGCACCCGAGCUCGAAACUGGAGUGGGAAGAAGCAAGCGCAAAUGCCAUCCCGAGCGCAUCAUUGAGAAGCGACAGGAUCAAAACAAUAAUUUCGGACUGAGAAGAAUAUAACACGGUCAAACAUCGUCUCAUCUGACCUUAAGAAAAAGCGGAGGGACAAGAACAUUCAUGGAAAUAAAAUAGAAACCUGCGAGUUUUAAUUGUUUUCUUUUAAUCUUUUUUUCUGACAACAACACAGCCAUUUCAACCCCAAAAUGACAGAGAUAACCAAUUUAAGACCAGCAUAUGAGGUGUCCCCGGUGCUGGCGGGCUUCCUGGGCGCCGGGGUCCUGGUGGUCUCGGUCACGGUGGCCGUCUUCCUCUGGACCUGCUGCCAGCGUCGCUACCGCCAGAUGACGGGCAGCUACAAGCUCCAAUCGGGGCCCUGUGACCCGGCCGUCGACCCGCCCUACAAGUUCAUCCACAUGCUCAAGGGAAUCAGCAUCUACCCGGAGACACUCAGUAACAAGAAGAUCGUCCGCGUGGGUCGACGCCCGGGCUCCUCGCGAAAUGGCGGCGGAUCCGGCGUCGAGUGGGGUCGUAAUGGCGAGCGAGGAAGAGGUGGAGGGGGAGGAAGGGUGAUGCUGGUGGACGCUGACCCAGAAACGGGCCUGCUCAACGGCUCCACCCACCUGCAGAUGAGCCACCUGAUGCCUCCUGCUGGACAGCCCAGGCUAGAGCGGGCGCUGCCCAUCCGAGCCGACUACUGCUGCCUGGAGAGCAGCUCCGGAGGUAACAGCAGUAGCAGUAGCUGUGAUGCCAGCAAGACAGCCUCGCCCUUUACUCCGUGCCAGGGGGAGGGCACCACCACGCCGCACGCUGCCCUAGGCACCCUCAGCCUGUCCGUGGACUACAACUUCCCCAAGAAGGCGCUGGUGGUGACCAUUGUUGGCGCCCAGGGUCUGCCGGCCGUGGACGAGCAGGCGGGUAGCUCGGACCCCUACGUGAAGAUGACCAUACUGCCAGAAAAGAAGCAUCGGGUCAAGACCCGCGUCCUGAGGAAGACCUUGGAGCCAGUGUUUGACGAGACAUUUACGUUCUACGGCGUGGCCUACAGCACACUGCCCGACCUCACACUGCACUUCCUGGUGCUCAGCUUUGACCGCUUCGCCCGUGAUGAUGUCAUCGGGGAGGCGGCAGUGCCUCUGGCCGGGCUGGACCCCAGCACAGGACGAGUUCACAUCACCCAACAGAUCAGCAAGAGACACAUCCAGUGUGUGAGCCGUGGGGAGCUGCUGGUGUCUUUGUCCUACCAGCCUGUCACUCACAGGCUCAAUGUGGUGGUGCUGAAGGCCAAACACCUGCCCAGGAUGGACAUCACUGGCCUGUCAGGCAACCCCUAUGUGAAGGUGAACGUGUUCUACAGCCACAAGCGCAUCGCCAAGAAGAAGACACACGUGAAGAAGUGCACACUCAACCCCGUUUUCAACGAGUCAUUCAUCUACGACGUGCCCGCCGAGCUGCUGGCCGACGUCUCCGUGGAGUUCCUGGUGGUCGACUUCGACCGUACCACCAAGAACGAGGUGGUGGGCCGCCUGGUGCUGGGUGGCCAGAGCCUCAUGCCCACUGGGGUCACCCACUGGAGAGAGGUCUGCGACAACCCCCGCCGGCAGAUUGCCAAGUGGCACACCCUGGGCGAGUAUUAGGACAGCUCAGAAAAAUCUCCCCAAAAUUUUGAAAAUCGUGCAAUUUCUCAGAGUGGGUAUUCUGUCGAAAAACCACCACUACCACUACUAUUUCAAUCCUAUUCUCUUAGAAAAAUAAAUAAAAGAAUGAAAUAGAACCCUUCCUGUCUGAAAUAAAGAGACCCAACCAGACCACCAUAACCCCACCCAGCAUGGACUUGUAAGGUAGGACCACUCUCUUCUAUGAAAAAUUACCGCAACCAUUGAGGCGACCACCGUGGCUGAAAAAAAAUCUGACCAGACUUUUAGGAAUCACUGACGACAAAAGACUUGAUUGAGUAUUUCAAAAUCUAGAUCUGAAUAUAGGAAGACAUAUUCAAAUGUAUACACAAAUAUAUAGCCUACACAUUCAAGACUGUCAGCGAUAUCCAUGUGGUCCUACCGGUUGGGUGGGGGUGUAAAGGGGAUGUGGUUAAUCCAAUCAGAGUUCACAUCAGAGAGCGUCACAACCUCCCACCCUCGUUCUCCAGCCCCUGUCACCCAUAGGUAUAAACAUUCAAUUACUUGUUAAAUAUAAGUUAAAUAUAAAACACACCUGGGAAGGAGUGUGGCCACAGAAUACAGUAUGCAAGACUUUCUCUUAACCUAGUGUACCAAUUCCUCUUUAAACCAGGAAGUAUCUCCUGGUACUGCACAAAACUGGGAGGGUUUAUGUUAAUUAGAGGGUGUGGUUAAUUUAUAUUGAGACGGGGCUGUUUUUUUAAAAGUAGGGGCGUUUUUUAAUUUUUAAACAGCAGUGGUAAUAUUAGACGUGUGGUCAAUUUAUGGGGCAGGCUAGAGUACUAUAUUACAAUGUUCACGGGAUAAUACUGAUAUCGCUAAGUGUUUUACGUUAUGGGCAGGUAAGGCUAGAGGGAUGUAUUGAUCUUAUCUACCACCACGUUUAUGUUUUUCUUCAUUUCAAUGUGGACUAUAUAUGUUUCAUCAGUAAGCUCACAUGUAGCAACAAUGCCCAUGAAACUCAAUAGUCAAAUUGCGUGAGUCAGAGCUUUUUCAUGCACAGUGUAAAAUGAGUUCAAAUGAGUUCAAGCCACCUUUCCUAUCCUAUAUUAGCGAGGCAGAGACAAAAUGGGGAAUUACAUUUUGUGGGGCAGAUUCAUACCAAAGCUGGCAUAACAAUCGGAUAUUAUUCACCUGCCGUUCACGUACAUGUUGGAAAACCUGCGUUCAGUAUAUAACAAUGUGUCUAUGAUAAGUCAAUCAAUCAAUCAAUCAAUCAAAUGUAUUUAUAAGGCCCUUCUUACAUCAGCUGAUGUCACAAAGUGCUGUACAGAAACCCAGCCUAAAACCCCAAACAGCAAGCAAUGCAGGUGUAGAAGCACGAUAAGUGCAUUGUGGAUGGAAAAUCACUCUGCUACACUGAACCCUCCCUCAGUAGCACACAACCUCAGUGGAUUGGAUCACCCCAUUAGAGUAAAUUGAUGAUUUCUGGUUUUACUUUGUGACUCCUGUUGCUCUCCCUAUCAUUUCAUUGGUGCAUUUAUUUUUUUAGACCUGACGUGAUUGGUCGAGGCGAGGCUGUAGCCAUGUGGCACGGGAGGCUAUAAUUGGACGGAUCUCAAUGUACCCGAAAGCCGUUGUUACAGUACACCCGUUGUCAUGGCGACCACAUGAGCCGAAGGCCAUGAAAUGAUCUGUAACUUUGUGUCUGUCUAUCACCAAUUUUACCAGAGAGAGCUUUGUCAUUCAUAUGCUGUUCCACGGGGGCCAUUUGGCCCUGUAUACACUUGCAUGUCAGUGCUUUACUCCUGUCAAUUUAUUAGAAUACACCAUUUAGUAGAAUUUAUAGUCACGUCAUUGGUAACGGCUCAGUCGAUCCUUGUUUGAGCUCACCGUCUUUUUGAAAUACAUUUUGUGUUGGGUGAGUUUGUGUUAGAAUGCAAAUGUUCAUCUCCUGCAAUGUCUCAUCCACUGAAUUCAACAAAGGCUUCAAAGUGUCAGCUCGGGUUCUGGUACCCUCCCUUCUCCCCGAGCUCUUGCUCUCUGUUUAUCACCGCUGUUGCUCCACAGCACGGUCCCCAUUGUGUCAGAGGAUUUCUUUGAACUAUGAUAGUCAAUAGCGAUCAAGCUGUCACUGCACACUGUCUCUUUGCUGUGUCUAUACACUGCAUCUCACUGUAGGUGUACACUGCUAACCACUUAGCUUGAAUGUUGCAUAUCCCUACCCUCACACACAGGUAAACAUUGUACACAUUCAGCUUCACCGGCCUCUUGAGGUGCUCAAACUGAGUCCUUGUAAACUAGCUGCAAUGCUAGCUUGGGUUUGAGCUAACUUGAGCUAGCAGAUAAAUGACCAUAAAUGUCUGUUAUUACAUGUUAUUUGCGUGGUGUUGUCACUCAACAAGCUUCUUUGGUUAAUGCUUGGCAUAUCACAGUUUUAUGUAGAUACCAUUGAUAGCGGUUUUGGCACUCGUAAGUGUUGUGUCCUUUCCUAUGAAAGUCAUCACAUUCCACAUGGAAUUGAGAGUAGGCAGUAAUGCACAUCUGGGCUGCGCACUGAACAUUUUGUAUAUCUGAUCGCACUUUGAAAAGCCCAAAGCAACCUUUUUUGCUUUUAUCACUGGUUGAUUUGAUCAAACUUUUUUUUUGUUGCUCUCUUUUGAUACUUUUGAAAACAAAUAUCUAUUUGUAGUUAUUGUAAUAUAAGAGGCUAAUAUCCUGGGCAGUUCAAGUCCUUUGUCCUAUAGUUUUCCCUCACAGCCAUGAGAUAUUGGAAAUUUGUUCAAUGACAUGCACAGUAUCUUCAGUUUCCAUCGAAACUAUACAUCAAGGCAACUUGUUGAAACAAAAUGUAAUUGUCAUUAAUUAAGAAGCACUGUCCCGGAAACCCAUUUCAGACUUUUGGUUUCAUAAUGUUUGAAUAAUUAGCACAACACUUAAAAAAAAAAUAAUCACAACAGCCGCACAGGUUUCGAUAACCUAGAGACAUUUUUCAAACUGUAGUCUUUCCAAUUCAGAGAAAGGUCCUCUGACUAUCCUUUUGUCUUUGUCUCUGUAGGAGGCUUCCAGUCUGGGGCAUGAUUUAAUUAUAUGGAUAUAAGUGCACUUUGGAGUGAGGUCAAAUUUCAUUAGCCCUAACACCAUAACGCCACCUAGUCUUGGCUUGGGCAAAGAUGUGCUGGGCAGUAGACUGGAAAUGUGUUUUUGUAUUUAACAUAUGGCCUGAAGGUAGGCUACAAAUGCCCAAGUUUGUAGUGUGAGCACAGGCUCAAAGCAUCUCUGUCAGAGUCUCACCACGGAAAGGCCAAUGGGUUGUAGUCCACCGUUUGGCCAACUUUGCCCAGGAGAUUCUAACAUGGUGGCUGAGGAAUAGUGUGACGUCAUCUUUAUUCAUUGCUCUGUCCUCGCUGGAGAGUUAGACGGUACAUCUAGAAAGGAGUGGUGUUCAGGCUCCUAACUGUAGCUGCGCUAAUAAGGGUUGCGUUCAAUAUUUUAAAAAGUGUUAAAGCGGAACAUUUUUGGAGGGUGAAAGGAGAAUGAUGACAGCAUCUUAGCAUUGUUCUGUGGGAAAGGAUGGCUGUCAAUGUGUCUGUUGAUAAGGACACAAGUGUUUCGUUUUUUUUUGUCUCACGUGUCUGUGCAUGACAGAUAAUUACUGCGAGAGGCGAGAUGUCUUUGGCUAGCAACAUUGUGAGUUCUCUUCAUGACAGGAAGGUUUAGUGGAGAUCAAAUCAAGGUGUAUCAUAAUUGCUAGCUAACAUAUUUUAGAAAACAAACCGUGUACAUUCUCCCGUUUCUGUAUCUUUAACAGAUUUUCUAGUUUCCUAUUUCUAUGUUCUCACUGUUUCUUUCUGACUUUACUUUGAGAUUCUGGGGUUGUGUAUGUUACAGGUGCCUGUGAUCGAUAUUCAACAGUUUCUUCUUCCUAUGAGUAUUUCCUUUUGUAAAUAGCACAGAAAGCACUCUGCAAAGAUCAGCAACGAUGUCCCAUAUCACGGAAUAAUCCAAACCAAAAGUAGAUGCUCUGGCUUUGUUACCCUCUGUUUUGCUGGCCUCCCCUAAACCCAUAGCUUAAUCAAAGCAUCUUUUUUGUAGAUAUCAAAAUGUAAAUACAGUAUAACCUUGUGUAAAUGACAGUUUGUUCCCAGACACUAUCAGGCAGAUGCACUGCCGCCUGUCAUUAGCGUAUGUGAUUGUUCCCCCAGGAAUGGCAAAGGGCUCUCCCCUCUCUGUGAAUGUGUUCAAUUGUUGGGGUGCCCCUCCCUUUUCCUAUCCCUUGGCCCUGACUGAAUCCCUCUCUCUAGUCCACUCUCCUUUUCCUUCCAUGACAACCCAUUCCACUCGUUUGCUGUUGUGUGUUGUACAGACAAAUCUGAGGUGUGAAUAAAAAGAGACAAAGAAAUCAAUGGGUUGUGAGUAUCCCAUUGGCUGUCAUUGAUUCACCGCCUCAGUCAUAAUUGAAGGUCAGAGUUGUAUGUUGUGUGUGUGGGGGAAAUGCAAAACAAGACCAGUACUCUGAAAUGUGUUUAAACUGCAUAAUGCUAUGUAGUCUAUGCUAAAUAUAUUACACUAAUGCUGACUUGUUGAAUUUGUUAACACAAUGAACGUGCAAAUAAAUAAACUGAUACACUAUU